CGUCGCUAAGGAAGAGGUAGAGAGCAGCACCGCUGCGAGGCCGAAGCCGAACAGAAAAGCCCGGAGCCGAACAACCUACCCUAUGUUCAUUCAUCCCAGCUUAAAGAAAUGAGUGUCCAGUAUAGCAUUCUCUUCAAACAAGAACAAGCUCAUGAUGAUGCCAUCUGGUCGGUUGCCUGGGGCUUGAACCAAAGAGAGAACUCUGAGAUGAUUGUCUCAGGAUCCCUGGAUGAUCUAGUCAAAGUGUGGAAGUGGAAAAAUGAGAAGCUCGAGUUACAGUGGAGUUUGGAGGGCCAUCAGUUGGGUGUGGUUUCCGUGGACAUCAGUCAGACCGGGGCCAUCGCCGCAUCCAGUUCACUUGAUGCUCACAUCCGUCUGUGGGAUUUAGAAAAUGGCAAACAGAUGAAGGCUAUCGAUGCAGGCCCUGUGGAUGCCUGGUCCUUGGCUUUCUCACCCGAUUCCCAGUUUUUGGCUACAGGAAGCCAUGUGGGGAAAGUAAACAUUUUUGGUGUGGAGAGUGGGAAAAAGGAGUACUCUUUGGAUACAAGAGGGAAAUUCAUCCUCAGCAUCGCCUACAGUCCUGAUGGGAAAUAUCUGGCCAGUGGCGCCAUAGAUGGAAUCAUUAAUAUUUUUGAUAUUGCAACUGGAAAACUUCUGCAUACGCUUGAAGGCCAUGCAAUGCCCAUCCGCUCUUUGACCUUCUCCCCAGACUCUCAGCUCCUUGUCACGGCUUCAGAUGACGGCUACAUUAAGAUUUAUGAUGUACAGCAUGCAAAUUUGGCGGGUACACUGAGUGGCCACGCAUCCUGGGUGUUAAAUGUUGCGUUCUGUCCUGAUGAUAUUCACUUCGUAUCUAGCUCAUCAGACAAAAGCGUCAAAGUUUGGGACGCUGGGACGAGAACUUGUGUCCACACCUUUUUUGACCACCAGGACCAGGUCUGGGGAGUGAAAUACAAUGCAAAUGGCUCCAAAAUUGUGUCGGUUGGAGAUGACCAAGAGAUUCAUAUCUAUGACUGUCCAACUUAAGCCCCCUCCAGACCGGGUAGGCUAAUGCUGGGGGGUGGGAAAGGAACACAGAGGGAUGGACCACACCAUCCCCCACCUAUGUAUGUGUUAACAGCUGGACAUAUGGAACACUGCAUUGUGCAGAAGCUUUGAUAUUUUGGGAUACUCUUGAUAAGUAUAUACGACUUUAUAUGUACUUGCCAUUUUCAUUCUUUAAUAAAGAAUGCUCUAUUCUCUG